AUGGCGCACGCAAUGCACGUAACAUUCCUUGGAACAGCCAGCGGUGGCGGACCCUCAGACACGCGCAACUGCUCAAGUCUGGUCGCUGACAUUGGCAAGGGCUCAUUAUGGAUGUUCGACUGCGCGGAGGGAACUCUCAGGCAGUUCAGCUGCCAGCCCCACACCAAUCAACCCCGCGUAAGCGUGAACAAGAUCUCAAAGAUGUUCAUAACGCAUAUGCAUGGCGCGUCGUUCGGUUCAGUCUUCCAUCAUGCCGCUGGCGAGUCCCAGGGACGACCCCCUAGGAUAGAAAUAUACGGUCCUCCUGGUAUCCGGUCCUUCGUCAGAUCUAUAUUACAGAUGACCUAUACAAAGACAUCGGACCGCUAUGUCGUGCACGAGCUUCUGCGACCUAGUGAUCCCAUAACCCCGUGUGGCGAGAACGAUCUACACGCUAGCGAGGCGUUGGGUCGUGAUAUUCUCUGCUCUUCCGAGGACGGGUUCUGGCGCGGCUUCACCAGCGGCGAUGGCCCAUUCGGUAAAGUCUUUGUCGAUGCUGGCCCAAUUAUCCACCGAGAGGAAUGCAUCGGAUACGCAAUCCGCGAAUCUGUCUCGCCCAACCGCAAGAUCGUAAUCCUCGGGGACACCUCUAAUCCCUCUGCAAUGCUCCCCCUCUGCGCGUCGGCGUCACUGCUCAUCCACGAAGCGACCGACACGCAUAUCCCCCGCCACAUAAGCACCUCCUUGUCCAAGCGCUCGCCCGAGGCGGUGUUGGAGAAGACGCUGGGAAAGGGACACUCGACCCCCGCCAUGGCCGGCGCGUUUGCAAAGGCGAUCGGCGCAGAGAAGCUAAUCCUGAAUCAUAUAGGCGGCCGCUUCCCCGCGCCGAGAGGACCGAGGGAUACGCAGCGCAAUGCCGUCGUUGAAGAGAUCGAACGGCAGGCGACGGAAGCGUGGGGCACUGGACGACGCGCUCAAGCUGCUAGCGACUACAUGCACGUUGCGAUACCAGCGACAGAAAACGAGUCUGGGCUUGAAUACGCAACCGCUUCCUGGACACCGCAAGAAACAUACUCGGAAGGCGAUGGGCAGGAAAGUAGAAAGAGGGGCAGCAACGGCGGCGGUUAUGGGGACAGGAGUGACAAUGCCAAGGGCCGCUACAAUUCGUCGAACUCCAACCACUGGAAACGGAGGCGGAAUUGA